UUAAAAAAUGAAAGUAAUAUAAACUUGUUGGACACGGACAUACAUCAAACACCACACCAUUCCUAUAUAAAAAAGCAAGAAUAUCAAUGAACAAUUCAAUUUAAAAUACAAAGUAUCUCCAUUUUUCAGUAUGAAGAAAGUAGAAGUAGUGUUUAUCCCUUCUCCUGGUGUAGGCCAUCUAGUUUCCACCCUUGAGUUUGCAAAGCUUCUAAUCAACCGUGACAAUCGUCUUAGAAUAACUGUUUUAGUCAUCAAAUUUCCACACACAACAGAAGUUGAUGUCUACACUAAAUCACUUCCGAUCACCGAUUCUCUCCAUGUCAUCAACCUUCCAGAAUGUUCUAUUCCUCCAAAUAUCCCUCCAAGUUCCCUCAUGAACGUUCUCCUGGAAGCUCAGAAACCUAACGUCAAACAAGCCGUCUCUAACAUUGCUACUGGAGCAGAAAAUGGAGUCUUAUCCGCUUUCGUUGUUGACAUGUUCUGCACUAACAUGAUUGAUAUUGCCAAAGAAUUUUCCGUCCCUGGUCUCAUUUUCUUCACUUCUGGCGUUGCUUCCCUUGGUUUAAUACUUCAUGGUCACACUUUGUUUGAACGAGACAACGUUGAUUCGACUCAGUUGCUGCAGGAGACUGAGUUGGCCAUCCCAAGUUUCGCCAACUUGUUUCCUAUAAACUCGUUGCCCGGUUUUAUGCUACGUAAGGAAUGGGAAUCGUUUUUCAUGAACUAUGCAGGAGGUCUCAAGAAAGCUGAUGGUAUCAUAGUAAAUUCAUUUGAAGAGCUAGAAUCACAUGCAGUUCACUCUUUUUCCUCUCAUCCCGAUCUUCCAGAUUUUCCAAUAUAUCCAGUGGGACCAUUAUUAAACCCCGAGCCCAAAACCAAGGGAACUGAUGAUUCUAGCAAUAUCAUCAAGUGGCUUGACGAUCAACCUCCUUCUUCGGUAGUUUUCAUAUGCUUUGGCAGCAGAGGUUCUUUGGAUGAGGAUCAAGUUAAGGAGAUGGCACUUGCUAUUGAGAAUAGUGGGGCCAGUUUUAUUUGGUCUCUACGUAAACCUCCACCAAAGGGCACUAUGAUUUCGCCCUCUGAUUAUCCUCUUUCUGAUUUGAAUUCGCUUUUACCUGAAGGAUUUUUAGAUCGGACGGCUGAUAUUGGAAAGGUAAUUGGUUGGGCCCCACAGGCCCAAAUACUAGCCCACCCGGCUACAGGUGGAUUUGUUUCACAUUGUGGUUGGAAUUCCACACUGGAGAGUAUAUACUUUGGUGUACCCGUUGCCACAUGGCCUCUUGCUGCGGAACAACAAAGUAAUGCUUUUGAAUUGGUCGUUGAGCUGAAGAUGGGUGUGGAGAUUGCAUUGGAUUAUAUGGUGGAGGUUGGUGGUGGAGCUAACUAUCUUUUAACUGCCGACAAGAUUGAGAGAGGAAUAAGGAGUGUGUUGGAUAAAAAUGGCGAGGUAAGGAAUAAUGUGAAAGAAAUGAGUGAAAAAAGUAGAAACACUUUGUUAGAGGGUGGGUCUUCAUACGCUUAUUUAGGUCGUUUGAUUGAUUAUAUUAUAAAUCAAGUAUCAAAUUAAACAUAGGGUGUUGGUUUAAUUUUCAACAUUAAUAAUCACCAUAACAAGGAUUAUUCACUUUCAGAGUGAUUUUGGUUAAAAGGCUUAUAACCACUCUUGACUAAAAGGCUUGGUACUCACCUUUUUGCUAUUAUAGAAUUUAUGAAUUAGGUAAGUUUUGGAAAUUUUCUGUUUUGUAUUACAUUGGUUUUAUCUUGUACCACAUCUUUUUAGUAGGAUUAAGCACAUUUUGUACUCAAAUUAUCAUGAGAUCAAAAUAUAAAUAAUUGUGGCAA